AUGACGAGCCCCAGUAGUAUGCUUUCGACGGCCCGCACCCUUUUUGAAGAAGGCAAGACAGAAGAGUCCCUUCGAUUGGUACAAGCCGCAUAUAAAAUCACUCAGGAUCCAAAAGUCCUCCGCAAAGUCAAGCGCCUAGAGGCUAUUUUAGCCGAAGAGAAAGAAAAUAAUUCGAAAACCCCGCCACCAUCUAACGCAGUCGCAGAUGCCCAGCUUUUGGAAGAAAAAGCUCGAUGCCUGUUUCUUGCAGGAAAUCUAUCCGCCGCCCUGGUAAAACUCGAAAAGGCCUACUCAUUAUGUCCCACGGACAAAUUGCAAAGGAGAAUCGACCGCUUAAAUACUCUGCUUAAGCAGCGUGCUCAAGAGGAUGAGGCUGAGGAUCAAACUUCGGAGUCUUCAGCCUCGUCAGAAUCUGGUGAAGAUGAGCCAAAGAAGAACAUACACCGUAGUAAUCAUCUUGAUAAACUUGCUGAUAAAACAAUUAAUCUUUCAAUUCAAGAGGAUCGGUCAAAGUCAGUCAGCGAUAUGGAGCUAUUACCUGGUUUUUGUUUGCCAAAAACUAUAUACGAAAAACUCUACUCCUACCAACGUGAAGGCGUCGCCUGGCUCUGGAAAUUACACAAAAAAUCUUGCGGUGGCAUUUUGGCGGAUGAUAUGGGUUUGGGAAAAACCUUCCAGACUAUCGCAUUUCUGGCUGGCUACUUAAAUUCGGAGGAGUCUCUUCGCAAACGCAGAACCGCAAUGGUACUUGCGCCAGUAAGCGUGCUAAACACUUGGCAGAGCGAGUUCUCCAAGUGGGCACCCAGUCUCCGAGUGUUUACUUACUACGAGGCCACAAAAACUGCGCGACUGCGUGGUCUUGCCGGCAUACAGCGCUGCGGAGGUAUCCUGUUAACCACCUACACCACGUGUGCUGCCGGCGUGCGGGACUUGGCCGUUAACCAGAACACGGCCAUCGGAACUUGGAGGAGCAAGUUUACGGACGAUAACUUAUCAACAGAUUUGAACUUCCAUGGUGAAACCUUCACCUGGGAUUACCUAGUCCUCGAUGAAGCUCACAAGAUCAAGAACCCCUCAACUAAAGCUGCUAAGGCGGUUCGAGCACUGGGCUCAAAUCAUCGUCUCCUUCUCACCGGCACUGCGGUUCAAAAUAAUUUGCGCGAGCUCUGGAGCCUAUAUGACUUCACCCAUCGGGGGCAACUCUUGGGAUCUCAAAAGACCUUUCUUUCGCAAUAUGAAAAACCGAUCACCCGGUCGCGAGAAAGGGAUGCCACUUCAGCGGAACGCUUGCAUGGCAAGCUUAUGGCAGAUAGUUUGUACAAAAUGAUUGAACCGUACUUUCUUCGGCGGACAAAAGCAGAUGUCCUCUUUAACACACCGGCAGAACAAGCGGCUACAGAGCCACAAGGACGGAGUCAAAAAGGAACGUUGCCGCGAAAAAAUGAGAUUGUAGUGUGGCUAUACUUGAGUCGUCUACAAGAGUCCAUUUAUCGUGAUUUCUUGAAAUUGGACCAUGUGAAGGAACUUCUAUUUGGCACCACAAAACGCUCGCCUCUGGUUGAGUUGACAAUCUUAAAAAAGCUCUGCGAUCAUCCCCGGCUACUUUCAACUGACCAGUGUGCUAAUCUGGGUCUUGAUGUGUCUCGUGCCCUUCCAGCACGUGGUGGCGCUACCGAGAUCCGAGUCCCUUCAAGUGAACAAUUGCUCCAGGAGUCGGGAAAACUGAGCUUUCUGGCUCGUCUACUCGAGCAGUUCCAGGUGGAAGCUGUGGAAAGCGGUCGACCAGCACAUCGAACUUUAGUGUUUUCGCAGAGCCUGCGUCUCCUAGACAUGGCCGAACUUGUAAUUUUGGACAUAAAUAAGUCGAACGAACGUCACGGUCUGCCCAAGCAUCGUGUCCUCCGACUUGACGGUCGACUGAAAAAGCUUUCUGAGCGUUAUGACGUUUUAGAGCAGUUUGAUCGGGAUCCAUCCUACACCGUUAUGCUUCUCACAACUCAGGUAGGCGGUGUUGGUCUAACCAUCCUCUCGGCUGACCGAGUUGUGAUCCUAGAUCCCAGCUGGAACCCUGCUGUGGACGCACAGGCCGUGGAUCGUGUAUACAGGAUUGGGCAGAAGUCCAAUGUUGUUGUUUACCGCCUGAUCACCUGUGCAACUGUAGAGGAAAAAAUAUAUCGACGUCAGGUCUUCAAGGAUUCUGUCAUUCGACAAACCACCGGCGGUAAAAAUGCUGGCGCCCAGUCUGACGAGACUGAACUGUAUCGCUACUUCACGCGACAGGAGUUGCGUGCUCUCUUCACCCUCAGCGAGAACAUUCGAUUUUCUGCCACGCAACACCAACUGGCCCAGCUACACGGUGGCCAUAAACGGAACUCGGACGCCGACCUGGAUGCCCAUCUGGCUUUUAUCUCGGGUCCCAAGAUGAACGAUUUGGUCUUUCAAAUU